AUGAAGGCCUCAAUGUCUCGCCAGGCUUAUAGCACCAAAGGACGCUUCAGCUCCUCCUCAGCCUCUGGUGGCCAUGGCGUGGGUGGUACUCGGACCCAUACCAGCUUUGGCUCCAUGACAAUGUCCAGAGGUGGGAGCAGGCUGGGGAAUGCUGCCUAUUGCAGCCCAAGGGGCAGCUUUGGUAGCCACAGUCAUCAUAAUCUGGGUGCUAAUACAAGAAUCUCUGUCAGUAUGGCUCAGAGUACAUCCCAUGGGAGGCCCUUUGGGGGCUUUGGUGUUGGGACAGGAAGCUUUCUAGGCUUGUGCACCAGCAGGCCAAACUUUGGGGCCUCCUGCCCCCCUGGAGGCAUCCAAGAGGUGACUGUCAACCAAAGCCUGCUGACCCCUCUCAAUGUGGAGAUUGACCCUGAGAUUCAGAGAGUGAGGACUCAGGAGCGGGAGCAGAUCAAGACCCUCAAUAAUAAGUUUGCCUGCUUCAUCGAUAAGGUACGGUUUCUGGAGCAGCAGAACAAGGUGUUGGAGACCAAGUGGGCCCUGCUUCAGGAGCAAAGCCAGAACACAGUGGCCACUAAGGAUUUAGAGCCAUACUUUGAGUCCUACAUAUGCAACCUUCGGAGGCAGCUGGAUGCUCUCCAGAAUGAGGCAGGGAGGCUGGAUUCUGAGCUGAGUAACAUACAUGACCAUGUGGACAACCAAAAGCACAGCUACGAGGAUGAAAUCAACAAACGGACAGCAGCAGAGAAUGAGUUUGUCACCCUCAAGAAGGAUGUUGAUGCCGAAUACAUGAACUGUGCAAAUCUUGAGGCCGUCUCCAAAUCCAUGUUGGAGGAGUUCAACUUCCUUCAGAAUCUCUUUGAGAUGGAGCGGAGCCAGGUCCAGACUCAUGUUUCUGAUACCAAUGUUGUCCUGUCCAUGGAUAACAACCGAUGCUUGGACUUGGACAGUAUCAUUGCUGAGGUCAAAACUCAGUAUGAGGAGAUUGCCAAGAGGAGUCGAGCAGAGGCAGAGUCAUGGUACCAGACCAAGUAUGAGGAGCUUCAGAUGACAGCUGGAAAGCAUGAGGAUCAUCUUCGGGACACCAAGAAAGAGAUUUCUGAGCUCACCCGCACUGUGCAGAGACUGCAGGGGGAGAUUGACUCAGUAAAGAAGCAGUGCCAGCAGUUGCAGACGGCCAUUGCUGAUGCAGAGCAAUGUGGGGAGUUGGCCAUCAAGGAUGCCAAGAAGAAGUUGGGAGACCUGGAAACUGCCCUGCACCACACCAAGGAGGAGCUGGCCAAGCUGCUGAGGGAUUACCAGGAGCUCAUGAAUAUUAAACUGGCCUUGGACAUGGAGAUUGCUACCUACAAGAAGCUGUUGGAGUGUGAGGAGAGCAGAAUGUUGGGAGAGUGUCCAAGUGCUAUUAGCAUUUCUGUGAUGGGCAACUCUACCAGCAUGUGCGGUGGGAACAUUCGAGGAGUUGGCAAUAGCAGGGCUGGGGUUUCCCUGGGUAGCAGUUGUGGAGGAGUGAAGGGUAGCUAUGGGUCUUCCUGCAGUUAUGCUAAGCCAGGGCCUAGCACUGGGGGUACCUCCAUCCUGAAGAAGACCACAAGUACCACUGUCAAGUCUUCCACUCGGAGGUAUUAA